CCUCGUGAAGAACGAUGUUUCUGCUUUUCUGCUUGUUUAUGCUAGUUUCUUCAAUAUGGGCUGAAGGAAUAAGUGGGUACAAAGUGUUGGAAAAUAUUUCGGAUCGGUGUGCUAAAACAGAUGACAUAUUCAAGUGUUUGAAAAUUGAAGCCAUUAAAGUUGUCGAAAGGGCAUUACGGUUCGAAAAAUUCAAUUUAGUUGAUGGUGUUAGUUUGGUGAGCAAUAAAAGAGAAUCUAAGGUAAUGGGAUUCGGCUUAAACCUUAAAGAAACCAAGUUAGAGAAGCUCGAUAAUGAUCAGUUGAAUGAUCUACUGGGAGAUUCCACAAGAAGAUUCUUAGAAAACUACCAGCUGGAGGUGAAGAUGCCUGAGCUAGAGACGAAGGAAUCAGAACUGGUAGAAGAAGGCCGUAAAAGAAAAAACAGGCGACGUGGUGGAAAUGAGGCUAUGUACUGGGCCCUUGCAAUAAAAGGUGUCUUCCUAGCUGUUGCAUACAAAGGCAUAGCCAUUAUGUCAGGAUUAUCGUUGAUAAUGGGAAAAAUGGCACUAUUAUUGACUGUAAUACUCGGAUUGAAGAAGUUAGUGAGCAGUGGUCAGGAGACAACAACAUUUGAAAUAAUCAAGCAACCCAAGUACAGUGAAAGUCAUUCGCAUUCCGUAUCAUUUGAAGAUGAGGAAAAGUAUCAUCACAGGGCUUAUGAUAUAGGGGUUAAUGAAGCUUUAUAA